UCAUACAGACGACGGACGAGUGGACGACAAAAGCCAACGUGGUGGGGAAAAAUGUCUCCCAUCAAUUUAACAAUAAUUUUAUGCGGUUAGUUUCGUUGUUCGUAUUCCGCAGUAAUGAAGGCGUAACGCGUUUUUUUCUGUUACAUCCUAAGUGCAGUUAGGGUGACUUGCGACAUUAUCAGUGAGGAUUUACGUGUGCGUUUAAUAAAAAAAAAUGGCUAGAAGUAAUUCUCUUCGCCUGUACGUGAGACAAACUUUGAGGGUGCUGUACGGGAUCGUGGAAGUGUUUUUUCACUGGCUCUUCGGGCUGGUAUACGGGGGCAGUGGCAAGAGCAUGCCCCCCAUAACGGAUCUCUUGCUGCUGGAAUCCGCUUCGUCCAUCGCGUAUAAGAUCAGGACUAGGAAGAUUACGAGCGUGCAGGUGCUGGACUCUUUCAUAGAGAGGAUAGGGGAAGUCAACCCUCUGCUCAACUGCGUGGUGGCCGACCGCUUCGAGCAGGCCAGGAAGGAGGCCCGCGCCGCCGACGAACUCAUCGAGUCCGGCGCCAUCCCUACGGACAAGCUGGCCCAGGAGAAGCCCUUCCUGGGGGUGCCCUUCACCACUAAAGACUGUAUUCCCGUUAAAGGCAUGAUCCACUCUUCGGGGCUGGUGAAGAGGAAGAACAUCAUUGCCGCCGAGGACGCCAAGGUGGUGGCUAGCCUCCGUCGUGCCGGCGCCAUCCCCAUCGCCCUCACCAACGUGUCGGAGUUGUGCAUGUGGUGGGAGAGCGCCAACAACGUUCACGGCAGGUCCAACAACCCCUACAACACCAACCACAUCGUGGGCGGCUCGUCGGGGGGCGAGGGAUGCGCUCAGGCCGCUGCUAUCUCAGCUUUCGGUAUCGGCUCGGACAUCGGCGGCUCCAUCCGCAUGCCGGCCUUCUUCAACGGCGUCUUCGGCCACAAGCCCUCCCCCGGAGCGGUGCCCAACCACGGUCAGUACCCCGAGCCCGUCACCGACGAACAGGCCCGUUUCCUGGGCGUGGGACCGUUGUGCAGGCGUGCCGAGGACCUGCUGCCUCUGCUGAAGGUCAUCGCCGAUCCCAAGCUGAGGCUGGACGAGCCGGUGGACAUCAAGAAGCUGAGGUGGUUCUACCAGGACACCGACGGCGGGUCGUUCUUCGUGUCGCCGGUGACGCAAGACAUCAGGGCGCUGUUCGGGAAGAUCGUCGCCCACCUGCAGAAGGCCCACAGGAUCAAGAUGGCGAAGGUUUCGUACAAGCGUUUCUCCAAGAGCGGCCCCAUGUGGUUCGCCAACAUGAAAUCCCCCAACGGCCCGUCCUUCCAGGAACAGCUGGCCAACCUCGACGGUUCCAUCAACCCCUGGCUGGAACUCGCCAAGUGGACCGUACGACUCUCCGAGCACACCUUCAUCGGCAUCAUGACUUGCCUGGCCGAGAAAGGCGGUUGCUCGUACGGUGACGAGAAAUACGAGUACCUCGUCAAGGAGCGCAACGAGUUCCGCAGGGAACUCCUCGAUCUCUUGGGAGACGACGGGGUGCUUCUGUACCCGACCCACCCCACCGCCGCCCCUUACCACAACGAACCCCUCAUAAAACCGUUUAAUUUCUCGUACACCGCCGUGGUGAACGUCCUGGGGCUGCCCUCCACGCACUGCCCCAUGGGGCUGGACAAGAACGGCCUGCCCGUCGGGGUGCAGGUGAUCGCAGCGGAGGGUAACGACAGGCUGUGUCUCGCCGUGGCAGGGGAGAUCGAGAAGGCCUUCGGGGGAUGGGUCCCCCCCGCCAUUAAAGCCUAGGUUUUUUUUUUAAUUUUUUUUCACGUUUGUGUCGUAACGUUACUAUGCGGGCUGCGGAUUUCCUCGGCAUUAUGUUUGAAGGGCAUUAAAAUGGGUGAUUUAAAAAAUAUAUUGAAGAAUUUACUGGGUGCGUAGCACAAAGUUACGAUGAAAACUAAACGUGCCUUUAUCGCAACGUAGUGCGACAGCAAAGCGAAGUUCUUCUGGAAAUUGUUUUUAUUACAAUUGUUUUUGUAGAAAAUAUAACUUUGGAAAAACCUUUGUUCGAAAACGUGCCGAGGAAAUGUUUGGGUUAUCCUUAAUUUUUUUUUGCGGUAAGACUUACUAAGUCAGUGCUUCUUCGGGAAAAUCUCAGUAGCAAUCUCUUUUUCGUUCAAAAUAUUUCACCCGUCGCACAGUGGGAAAUAUUGGACAAAAUUCUCACUACUCGGCAAUUUUCAUCGUCUCGUCGUGAUU